GCGUUGAGGAAGAGCGCAAUCUCAUAUUUAGACGUGUUCAGGAGUUUGUGUGAAAGCAAAAAGACCUCAUUCGGACCGUAAACUGCUGCUUAUUUGCAAAUAUGUACGGUUUAGACUCUCUUGUAUUCAUCUGACACAUCUCACACCGAGUUUGUCUCCGUUGUGAAGACAACAUGGGGACAGCUUUUGCCAUUGGUCUUGUUUUUAUCGGAUGCUGUAGUAAUGUGGUGUCUCUGGAGCUGCUUGUAAGGUCAGUGCCAAACUUAGACUCUAAUGAACCCAUGUCGAUUUCACCACACGAACAUCUACACAGCUCAGAUUUUAGUUUGCCUUCUUCAACUAUUUAUUUCCGUACAGUGUAGUUUACACAGAUUGUUGUGUUAGAUGUCAUUAAAGAUGCUCAGUUUAAAAUUGAUUUUAAUGUCAGGCUAAACGACUGCUUACAACAUCACUUGUACAUUUAGGUCAUAUAGUUUAUUUACAAAGUGCUCUAAAGCUCUAAUCAGGCAGAGUUCAAAUCAGGGGUGUCAAACUCAACCACCUCAAGGGCGAUAAUCUGGAUUUAGGUCUAACAUGAGGGCCAAACAGGGUCAACAUUUAACGAAAACUGUCUACCUCCUUUUCAAAAACUAUGGAACAAAAACAGCGGUGAUUAUAAAUCAUUUGAAAAUUCAAACAAAAGAUAAAUUUGAAGACAAUCUAAGAUAGAAAUUUUUAUUUUAUUUUAAUUUUUUAUUCUAAUUUUAUUUAUUAGUUCAAAAGAUCAGAGCAUGAUAUUAAAAUAGAAAAAUAAUGCUUUUAAAGAGGAACUACAUGAGGAGAGUGUUGAAAUCAGGUUUAAAAGGUCAAAAUAUGACUUAAAAUUUAAAAUUAUAAUCUAAAGUAUAAAAAUGAAACAAGUUUAAAUACUGAGUUGAACAAAAUCAAAGCGUGAAAUAAAAAUUUCAAUCAUAUUUGACUUGUAAUCUUGAAAUGCAAAAUUGAAAACAUCAAAUAAAACAUCAAAUAUUUUUCCCUCACAUUCUUGGCUAUUUAUCAAAUCUUCCUUACUCUUUAAUAUCCCAGAUUUUUGUGGCUUAUUAAGGACAUUUUAAAUAAUGGUGCUAAAGUUUACAUUAUUAAAGUGGAGGAAAUCUGCAGACAUCAUGCAGGUGGGCCAAUAAUAAUACAAAUAUGAUAUGAUCUUGUGGGCCAGAAAUAAUUGUUCCACAGGCCAGAUUUGGGCCCCGGGCCUCAAGUUUGACACCUGUGGUUUAGAUGAGUGUUUGAGGUUGGAUCCAAUUAGUUUCCUAAUUCAUUAUAUCCGGCAUUGAUCCGGAUAUUUAACACGUUUACAACAACAGUGCAGAAAUAAGGGGAAAGAGGUGCAAUAGAUUAUUGAUCAGCUGUGAAAGACAGGCUUGUUGAGUAGUAAUAUAACCAUGAGGGAAAUUGUCCCUGAUAAAUACAUGUGAAAAAAAAUGUUUGUCAACAACACCAACUCAACUCAACCUUGUUUGUAAAGCACUUUAAAACAACCACAGCUGAACAAAGUUCUGUACAUAAAUAGACAAAACAACGCAGACAUAAAAAACAAUCAAAAAACAAUAAAGAAUGGAUAAAAUAAAAGCAGAUAUUAAAAAGUAAAAUGUAGUUUCAAUGUUUUUAAAAACUAAUUUAAAAACAGAAACAAAUAACUAAAAACCAACCAUAAAACACUAAAACAGGAGCCAAGUCUCAUACAGGGUUGAAAGCCAAUGAAUAAAAAUGGGUUUAGUCUUAAGCAUUCCUCCAAUUACCCAUAAAAUGUAAACAAAAUGAAGCUUGACAAACCAGAAGACAGAUUAAACAGCCGAAAACCUGCUGAUACAACAACAGAGCCACAAAGGUGCAUUUCUGUAUAAACAGUGUGUCCGUUCCUACAUCCAAUGACAACCUAGUAAUUCUAAUUCCACUCAAGAUGAAAAAAUUAUAGAAUAUGUUGUUCUAAUAAAAUAAUUUAAGCUGAAAAAAGUUCUUUAAAAAGUGCUGCUUUUCUCCAAUUUCAUUUUAUUAACACAAUCGAGGAUAUAUGCCUUUACCUUCUCCCCUCAUCCAUAAAGACAUGUUCUCCAUUUUCUUAAGUAUGAAGUAAUCAGUGUUUUGUGGUAACAUAAUUUAAAUUGUACAUCCUCAUCUACACUCCCUGUGCUGUGAAAAGUUGCCAUUUUGUCUGUUGUUGUUUCUGUGCUGCAGAGAGUUUCCAGGAUGCGGCAACAUCGUCACCUUCUCUCAGUUUUUGUUCAUUGCCUUAGAAGGUUUCAUUUUUGAAACAAACUUUGGGAGGAAGAAACCAGCGAUCCCCAUAAGGUAAAAAAAAAAAAACAGCUUGUUUUUAGAGGUUGUGAAGAUUAAGCUCAAACUAAACUGCUGUGUCUCUUUAAUUUCCAGUAACUAUGUGAUCAUGGUGACCAUGUUCUUCACUGUCAGUGUGAUCAACAACUAUGCACUGAACUUUAACAUCGCCAUGCCCUUACACAUGAUCUUCAGAUCGGUAAGAAAUGUUAACUUUUUGCUUUUGACCUCAAUUUUAAUCUAUCACCUCCACUUCAGUUGCUGUUUUGUUUCUUUAAAGGGAUCACUCAUCGCCAACAUGAUCUUGGGAAUAAUCAUCCUGAAGAAAAGGUAAACCUGCUUAAAUCAACCAUCAUCAAUCUGCCCUGGUAUAAAAAUGAAUUAUUUCAGGUUGCAGGUUACAACAAUAAUGACUUUAUUACUUUUUUAACUAAAGCUACAAGUUCCAGAGUCGAUAACCAGCUAUGUUUUGAUGCACAAAGGUUUAUUGAAGACUUAGUUCACUCCACACAGCUGGGCGAGACCAAAGCUUAGGUGUCUCUUAUGUAAAUCACACUUAAAGACAGUACACCUGGACAAUAGCCUGCUGUGCACUUUUUUCACAUUUGUUUGUCUCCUAUUCAAACCAGGUAAUAUGUUUUCCUUUCUGUCUGCAGGUACACAGCGAGUAAAUACCUGUCGAUAGCUUUAGUCUCAGCUGGUAUCUUCAUCUGCACUAUCAUGUCUGCCAAACAAGUGGUGAGUUGUCUGCUUUAUCACAAAAAAUUGCAGCACUCAUUUUAUUUGAUUAGUGUACACCUGUGACAACACAAUCCAUAAUAAUGAGCUGUAAAUGAUUUACACAUGCCCACUUUUUCCUUCUUAAUUUACAGAUUUAAUCUUGACUUCUGUUUAUUGUCUUAAAUGUACCUGUCUCCUUUCUGCAGAAUGUGGCCAAUGAGGGAGCAGAGGAGCAAAGCUUUCAUGCCCUCAUGCACUGGCUUUUAGGUGAGUUUAAACUGCCACUCCACUGACACAGCUGUGGCUCAGCUGUCUAAAAUAUUUAGCAGUCUAAAAUAUUCAACGCUUGAUUUGGAAUAGAGAAAAAAAAGACACUUUUAAUAUAAUUUUUAUUAUCAUCUUGAAUUAGAAAUUCACUAUAUUAAGAUCACACUCUUUGCUUGUGAUAACUUCAACAAUUGAUGAUUUAAGUCAAGCUAAUAAACAAAGUUUAAUAAACAAACCAAAACAACCAAUCUUUGAUUAUCCUUAGAGUUACAAUUAGCCUUCUGAAAACAGCGGAGAAGUCCAACACAAAUGACAAUUGAAGUCAACAUGAUGACAAAUUACCCGUGUUUUUCUCAUUUUGUUGAUUUCUGUCUGUCCAGGUAUUGCCAUGUUGACCUUUGCCCUGCUGAUGUCAGCAAGGAUGGGUAUUUUUCAGGAGACGCUGUACAAAAAGUAUGGGAAACACUCCAAAGAAGCUCUCUUCUAUAAUGUAAGUUUUCUUUCUGCAAGGAUAAUAAUACUGCAGCGGGAUUCAAACUUCCUCCUUGGAAAUAAAGUUUGACUCAGUUUGUCUCUCCUCUCUGUUUGUAGCACUGCCUGCCUCUGCCGGGCUUCCUGCUGCUCUCCACAAACAUCUACAACCACGCUGUUUACUUCAGUCAGAGCAGUGAGUCUCACGGCUUCAUUCACCUCAGAGACAGCUGUGCGUCCUUACUCAUGUUCAUUAAUCUGUUCUGUUUUCAGCUCCUGUGGUUGUUCCUGUAGUUGGACACUCGGUGCCAAUAAUGUGGGUCUACUUGGUGGUCAACGUCAUCACACAGUAUCCUGUCAGAAAAAAGUCUUGAGCACUUAUUUAUUUAUUGCUAUAAAUAAAAAAAGAAAGUUCUGGAGAAUCUGAGGUAAUACACUGAAGGGUAGAUAUUUUUUAUUUGUCGCCAAGAUAUUUACAAGAAUAUCCAUAAGCAAGAAACCCAGAAGAGAUCGCAUUGAUUUAGCAUUUAGCUCCCCUCCGAUUGGUCCUGCUGACCGGGCCCAUUAUCCAAUCCGCAGCUGUCCUGUAGAGUCACAACCACUCGCGUGCGCACACACACACACACUACCAAACAUGGUCAAAGGCAGCACAGGUAGCCGCCCUGAGAGAAGCGACACAGCUGCAGCCGUAACAGUAAUAGUAAAUAUAGUAAUAGUAGCAUAAGUAAUUAUAUAAUGUAUAAACAUACAUAAUUUAUAAACAUAAAUAGGAGUUGAUAAAUAGCACUAUUGAUAACUUUGGGUGCAUCACAUCAUAGUGAAGCAACAAAAGGCUUUUUAAAAACACUUAACUGAUCAAAUACUGCAGGAUUUUUAUUGUUUGUAUUCUUAUUUAUUGUUCAGUUUUCUCAUCUUACCCCGGUUUAAUAUGAAACUGUAACAAAUACAUUGUGUUUAAGGAUUCACAAAAGUGCAGCUCUUCAAAGGACAUAGACAGACAACCUAACCACAGAUGUCCUAGUCUUGUAAAUCUCCAUUCAUGUGUUCACAUUCUUGUUACAGACCAUGACCAGUUUUUUCUCAGGUAUGUGUGUAUCCGUGGCGUGUUCAUUCUGACCACAGAGUGUGCCUCGCUCACCGUCACUCUGGUGGUGACUCUGAGGAAGUUCUUCAGCCUCAUCUUCUCCAUCCUUUACUUCCAAAACCCCUUCACCACCUGGCACUGGGUGGGCACGGCUGUGGUGUUCCUAGGUACCCUGCUGUACACGGAGGUGCUGAGCAGUGUGCACGCUGCUCUGCGAGGACCUGAAGUCAAGGAGAAGAAGACGGAAUAAAGAUGGAAACUUGAAAACGAAGAUGUAACAGAGACUGUUAGUGGAGUAGAGAAAAAUCAACCAUGGUGCUGGGUUCAGAUAUUGUUUUUUGUCAACUUUCCUCCAUUAUUUCAUAGUUUUUACAUUUUUCACACUUACCUCCUUUCAUACGAAACAGAACAUUUUGAAGAAUAAAGCUGGUGAUAUUCUAUACUUUGAGUACUGCUAAUAAAUCCCAGACCAAAGACCAGGAAUCUGUAUGUAUUGAUCCAUAAAAUGAUUCUUUUCUGCCCUGUCUGUUAGUCAACUUAAAGGAUAUUUGUUCCUAGUUUCUCCCAACUCUGCAGCUUUCUCAUGGCACAGCAGAGCAUAUUUACUGUACACCAGAACAAAUGUCAUUCAGAAGAAAAACUUGUUUUGUUUUUCCCAUAAACCCAUGCUGUAAACCUCCGCAGCUAACUGUGAUUGGCAGCUUGAGCAGUAGAAGGCAGACAUUACCCUUCAGCAUGAGGUGGAGACCAAAAACAGAGCUGAAAGAGAGUAAAUAUUGGACUGGGUUUUAGCAGGUGUAACCACAGACAAGCUAAACAAUUGCUAUGAUGAAUUGCUGUCCUGUUACCGCUGGAUGUGUUAACCAGUAACCUGUGAGCUGACAGCUGUAAGACUCGUUCACAAACCCCUCCAAAACAAACGCAGAUGCAAUUUUUACUAUCAGUAAAAUGUUUAAGUCAUUUUGAAAGAAAAAACUUUGGGCAUUUGAUGGUUUUUGAGACGAACUUUGAGACUAUAAAACAAAUAAUUGGAUGGGUUCCGGAAAAACAUGUUUUUAGAUCCUCUUGAUUAAGCAAUUACCAGAUUGAUCAAUUAUAGAAAUAGUGAAUUCCUGAGGUACUAUAAGACUAUGUCAUUUUGGAACAAGUUUAAGAUGUGGAUGAACACCUAUGGUUGCAAGCAGAAUACUUUUUAUAAUCAACUCCGACUAAACUGUGUAUUAUGAGGGCACAGUUUUCUUUAAGUUGGUGACGCUUUGGCUACUUGCUGACUGUCUUCUUUUAAUAAUUUUACAUGAUUAAAAAUACAAAGUAUAAAAAAACCCGCAGAAUAUCACCAGCCAUGUUCUUAUCUCUGUGUCAUUGUUAGUAUCCAGAGACGUAAGAUGAUGUUUUUUGUCUACAGUGCUGUUUCAAUAUUUAUUUCUUUAUUAUGACAGCUAGUUUACUUGAAUGCUGACGUACUUAAAGUGGAUUACACUGAACACACUGACGGGAUGCUGAAUGCAGGCUAUGCAUUUAUGAGAGAGACAGUGUGAUUACACAGAGGGAUUAUUAAUGUGGUAGCUGUAACUGUUUUUCUUAUGUGACAGAUUGUAUCAGGUGUACUCAACCAGUGGAAAUCUGUACUGUUCAAUAAACCUUCACACUCCCUGCGCACUGAUGAUAAAUUAUGUGCACAAUGUCCUGAGGGAUUAAAAGGUAAUCAAGUAACACCCACAUAAAUUCAAUGAUAAAAUCUACACCUAUCACUCCUUUUUCAUUCUAUUUUCAUUCAUUAGUUUUUAUUUGUCAACAGCACUGAUAAGUUGAUGUACACAUUAUUGCAUCAAACAUUGUUUCAUGUUUUUUCUAAAGUGGACUUUUUUACCUAAUGUAAUUUUUCUUUUGAAUUAUAUCAGUAGGUUUUGAUGUUUAGUUUUUUUUUACAUUUUUACAGAAAUACUAUGUUGACCCAUUUUAAGGUGGAGGUGUUGGCUGAAGCUAUGCUGGGUCUUACUGGGACUUUUUUUGUUGUUGUUGUUGUUAAAAUACUGGGUUAAUGUUCACAAGAAAUAAAGUUAUUCUCAGAAAAAGGGAAAGUAUCAUUUCCAUCACUGAUCUUAUAAGGAUUGGGGUUUAAAAUGCCUCAUUGCAGGCUUUUUCCCCCCAAAUGGCA